GGUUCGUUGGUUGGCUUCUGCAAUGUAAUCAUUUCUGCCAAAUAUCUCGUGGCUCUCAACUGGUUUCUCUUUGCCAAAUUCAAACUCAAUCACCUUCCAUUAAACCCUAAGCAAUGACCCUUUCUCUCCAAGCUUCCCUCCUCUGCAACCCGCUUCCCACGCCUCUCUUUCGCCUUUCUUCCCUCCCUUCCAAUCUCUCUUCUUUCCCCAAGCUCUCGCGCCCCUCCUCUUUUCUCACUUCCCCUUUUUAUUCCGGUCGUUUUUCAAUCCUUUGCACGCUGCAUGCCGACAACGUCAGCUCAGCCUCCAAACCCGAAGCUUUGGUUUCGGAUUCUGAAGUUCCCUCCGCCUUGGAUAGCAGCGAGGGAAUUGAACUGAAUGACAUCGACGGGAAAACUGAGAAUGUGGUGGAGAACGAUGGGGUGAAUGAUAAAAUGGUGGGAAAUGAAGGGCCCAAGAGCAAAAUCCCUGCCGUGGCGUUUUUAAUGGGAGUUUGGGCAAUGAUUAGAAGCGGAAUGGACAGAGCUUUGGCUUUGGGUUGGUUGAAUUGGUGGCCAUUUUGGCGUCAGGAGAAACGACUUGACCGCCUCAUUGCCGAAGCCGACGCCAAUCCCAAAGACGCCGCUAAACAAAGCGCUUUGCUAGCUGAGCUUAAUAAGCACAGUCCUGAGUCUGUGAUUAAGCGAUUUGAAGAAAGGGAUCGUGCGGUAGACAGUAGAGGAGUUGCUGAAUAUCUUCGAGCUCUGGUAGUCACUAAUGCCAUUGCGGAAUACCUUCCGGAUGAGCAGUCUGGAAAGCCUUCUAGUCUUCCUACUUUGUUGCAAGAGUUGAAGCAACGUGCAUCAGGGAACAUCGAUGAGUCGUUUUUAAACCCUGGAAUUUCAGAGAAGCAGCCGUUGCAUGUGAUGAUGGUUGAUCCUAAAGUUUCAAAUAAAUCACGAUUUAUGCAAGAGCUUAUUUCAACUAUCUUGUUCACUGUCGCUGUCGGAUUGGUUUGGAUAAUGGGUGCUGCGGCACUUCAGAAGUAUGUAGGAAGCUUGGGUGGAAUAGGAACUUCAGGUGUUGGAUCAAGUUCCUCUUAUGCUCCCAAAGAUUUGAACAAAGAAGUGAUACCAGAAAAGAAUGUUAAAACAUUUAAGGACGUCAAAGGCUGUGAUGAUGCAAAACAAGAGCUUGAAGAAGUAGUGGAGUACCUCAAAAAUCCAUCAAAAUUCACCCGCCUGGGGGGGAAGUUGCCAAAGGGAAUCCUUUUGACUGGAGCACCUGGAACUGGAAAAACUUUGCUGGCCAAGGCUAUUGCUGGGGAAGCUGGGGUACCUUUCUUCUAUAGAGCCGGGUCUGAAUUUGAGGAAAUGUUUGUUGGUGUUGGUGCUCGGCGCGUGAGAUCCCUUUUCCAAGCAGCUAAGAAAAAGGCCCCGUGCAUAAUUUUUAUUGAUGAAAUAGAUGCUGUUGGUUCCACACGAAAACAAUGGGAAGGCCAUACCAAAAAAACACUACAUCAACUGCUUGUUGAAAUGGAUGGCUUUGAACAGAAUGAGGGAAUAAUUCUGAUGGCAGCAACUAAUCUGCCAGACAUUCUUGAUCCAGCUUUAACCCGACCUGGUAGAUUUGAUAGGCAUAUUGUUGUCCCUAAUCCGGAUGUAAGAGGUCGUCAAGAGAUAUUGGAGCUCUAUCUGCAAGAUAAACCAAAGUGUGAUGAUAUAGAUGUUAAAGCAAUUGCUCGUGGUACUCCUGGAUUCAAUGGUGCAGAUCUAGCAAACUUGGUGAAUAUUGCUGCAAUUAAAGCUGCAGUUGAAGGUGCAGAUAAGUUGACUGCUACACAGUUGGAAUAUGCUAAAGACAGGAUACUCAUGGGCACCGAGCGCAAAGCAAUGUUUUUAACAGAGGAAUCAAAAAAGCUCACAGCUUAUCAUGAGAGUGGGCAUGCAAUUGUUGCUUUCAACACUGAGGGUGCACAUCCAAUCCAUAAGGCAACAAUCAUGCCCCGUGGAUCUGCGCUCGGAAUGGUUACGCAGCUGCCUUCAAGUGAUGAGACUUCAACUAGUAAGAAGCAAUUAUUAGCUCGUCUCGAUGUUUGUAUGGGAGGAAGAGUUGCAGAAGAGCUCAUCUUUGGCCAAGAUCAUAUCACAACUGGGGCAAGUAGUGAUCUGCACACAGCUACAGAGCUUGCUCAAUAUAUGGUAUCAAGUUGUGGGAUGAGUGAUGCAAUUGGACCAGUUCAUAUUAAAGAGCGGCCAAGUUCAGAAAUGCAGUCUCGCAUUGAUGCUGAAGUGGUAAAACUUCUUAGAGAAGCAUAUGAUCGGGUGAAAGCUUUGUUAAAGAAGCAAGAGAAGGCAUUGCAUGCAUUAGCUAAUGCACUUUUGGAGUAUGAAACACUUAGCGCGGAAGAAAUAAAGUGCAUUCUUCUCCCGUACCGAGAAGGAAGGUUGCCCGAGCAACAAGAGCAGGAAGAGGGGGAACUUGUAUUGGCUUAAACUUCAACUCAUUUGUAAUCUACAUGACUGUAGGGAAGUGAUGUGCAGUGUAUUUUAAGCAAUAUAGGUAAUUAUUUAUAUUAUUUGCUGCAAUUGCCCCCCCCCACCAUUGUUGUAAGACAUGUUAUAGGAACGCUGCUUAGACGCUAAGGUACCGGACGUCCAUCGGAACGAGAUCCUUGUUCCAUGCUGCACUGAGUUCAGAAACAGCCAAGACCAGCUUAGAUUAUGUACUAUUUGUGAAAUUAUGUAAUACAUGAACCCUUUUUUUAUAAUUGUAAUACAUGAACUUACUACCCCAUUUCGGGGUGAAAAUUUUGAACUGCGUAACGUAAAGUGACAUUUAUAA